UUGCGGUUAUCGUGAAGUCGCUAGCUUGCUGCUAAACCUUUCACUAACACCUGUUUUCAGAUUAUCAAACAUAAUAAUUAUGUCUUUUAAAAGGGAAGGCGACGACAAGAGUCAGCUUAACAUCCUGAAGAAACGGCGUGUGGCAGAUCUUCUGUCUAAUUUUAUUCCAGAAGAUGAAGCAGCGCUUAUGAAAAAUGGAAGAUACACUUGCCUUGUGUGCUCCUACCGGCCUGUGUUUGACACAGUUGAUAUGCUGACAGUCCACAGGAAGGGGAAAAGGCAUCUAGAAGGAUUAAAAGCUUUCUAUUGCAAGAAAGCACAGCUGAAGAAUGAAAUAACAAAACGGCAACAUGAAACCUACGUCCAGGCUGAAGAUAAGAGACAGGAACCCUCCAGUUCAGCCCCUUUACUGGCACAAACACGGAAGCUUACACAUCACGCUUUAUUGAAGACUGUACCAUACAACAGUUGCCAUAGAAAAACCAGCACAAAAUCAGAAAAAGGACCAGUGAGCAUCAGUUCAGAUCCCAGUGGCAACGCUUACAGCAAAACGCCACCUGAGCAGCACAGCGCAUGUUGGAAAUCUGAAGUUUCAAACAGUGUACCACCAGGCAGUUCUAGUGGCUUCAUAACAGGUAAAGCCUGUCACAGGAAAUCUUUUUUUUUGUUAUUUUCAGAUUUAGUGUUAAAGAAAACCCAGGCCCAAUCAUGCUUUAACUGUGGUGAUGUUUUUUGUUUUGUAGCCAAUAAAGAGUUACAUCAAUCAAAAGACAUGAAAGGAUCUCAGCUUACAGGGGCACAGCAGGCCGAGCCCAUGACAGCCCAGAGGAGGAGAGAGCUGGAGCACUACCUCAAACUGAAAAGUGAUGGGUGGCUACAGGACCGGAGUGGCCAGUGGAUUAAAGACGAGAGUGUGGAGUUUGAUUCAGAUGAGGAGGAGCCUCCUUCGCUUGCCCGCCUACCCACCAGUGUCUGAGAGAACUAAGAACUGUGGGAAAAGCACAGA